UGGAGUUCUCCCGGGGAAGACGGAAAACCAGCCACGAAACUCCCGCUGAGGGUCUGCUUUCAAUUUAGCCCCCCCCCCCCCUCCUUCCCAGGCCCGGCAGAGAGACUGGUGGAAAAAAAGGGGGAGAAAAGGGUGGCAACCAGCGGCGGACGGAAGAGGACGCACCAGAGCGCACAGUGUUGUGUUUGUUGGACCCACGCAUGCCAGCGAAAACUAGCGCUACCCAGAGCUGAGGCACUGGCUGAGAUACGUUGCUGUUGUUCGUGGGCUCGGUUUUAUGUUUCAACAUAAUCUCAUCGAGAACAUGUCCGAGGGGUCUCCUGCAUCGCUCUGGGGGAUUUUCUACUCCUUUGCUCUGGGGGAAUGCGAGGGCAGGAAAUCCAGCCUCAGCUCCAAAUAACCAGAGAACUGGGUCUCCUCUCCAAACGCAGGAAAUACGGCCUGGGAACGAAAAAAAAGUUUGGGAGCUUUUGGAAACGAGAGAGGGGCCUAUCGCUGACGUUUUACACGCGUUUUACCACUUGUUUUUUUUAAGUGUUGCGUGUUUUUUGUAUUAAGCGCUGCUGUUGCUGCAGUAAGUUGGAGAAGAUCAUUCAAAUGUUACACGCCGUUGGUGUUGUUAUUGCAAGAGUUUUGAUCAUCACUAUUUAUAGACCAGCCUGUUCCGACCGAGGCAGUUCCUCAUAGCUGUAGCCCAUGUUUUGCCAACUGCGCGCAACAAGUUGCAGACACUCCCAGCAGAGGCAAACCUUCGCCAAACCGGGGCCAGCGGAUGGUGUUUUCUGCGCUUCUCUUCGCGGAUUACGCGUCUUCUGGUUGCGCACACGCCUCCCCCGACCCCCUCAUCGGAAGGCAGAGGGGGAAUAAACGGUGGAGAUCCGGAGAGGGAGUUCAGGAAAGGACGGGGCUAGAUCCGUGGGAAUAGGCCUGCCUGUCAGGCCUCCCAUGAUCGGAUUCUUGGACUACAUGGACAGGGCUCCGAAAUAACCCAGUCUGGAAUAUUUGCGAGGGCCCGCUGGAUUAAAAAUGGAAGAAGAGUGCAUGAGAAGAAGAAAUGCAAACCCAUAGCGCACCCGAGCGACACACGAGAAGGGAUGUAGUGGAAGGUAAAGCUGCUUGGAUUACCACUCAUCCACUUUUUUAAACAGUUUACCUACUUUUUAAUUUGGCAUUAACCUUUUUUUCACACCGUAGCUCUGAAGUCUACAGAGCAAGAGAACAGAUAAAUUAUUACUGGCCUAUAUUUUUCUAAUAGUGUAGAUGCUCUUUAAUUUUUAUUGGAGCACUACUAGUUGUUCAUUACAAUACUGGGAGUGUUUUCACGAAGGCAAAGGACGAGCACAUUGACAGUUGUGGAGAUAAGAGGGACUCAGUAACUUUUGGAACUCGCUCGCUGCGCACUACGCCAACUGUUGACAGCCUGUGAGUGUGUGCUCCUGUACAAUGAAGCCCUGGACCUGAGCGCUGUUUUCCACCUUCUCCCCUCCACAAAAUCACAGUUUUCCCGGAAUGAAGAAAGAAUCUGGGCAUUUUCUCCUGAAGCUGAUCUGACUGUGUGAUGCCAGCAGCAUCGAGAUAUUGCGCACGUCCAGAGGAGGUGAUUUCCAGUCAUGUAACGUCAGGAGCGAAUGGUUGAAGGCGUAAAAGCAUGAGCCCGUUGCAUCACCGACCAGUCGUUUCCGAGAAGGAUGUUCAGUUCAGAAGGCAGAAGGAGUGAUGACAGUGUUUUUACCGCAGCUGGAGAGAGAGCCGGGAUCAAACCCAGAGCCUCUUCGGAGGAGGACGCAUGUGAUGUGAGUACUGACGCAAACCGGGCUUGGAUAAUGACCUGCUCAAGAAACUGGAACGGUGCGUCUUGUGUGAGUGAAUGUGCAGACUGCUGUGUGCGUAGAGGAGACGUCUGUGCGGCGCUCACCAUUCAUGCAGCGUGAUUAUUCCAACGAACACCUUUGCUCUCUCUCCCCCCUUCUCCCUGUCACUCUCCCGCCGCCGCCUCCCCCCCUCCUCGCCGUGCCACAUGUGCACACGCGGCGCCCACGCACCGCGUCUUGUUGCCUGAGCGGCAUAAGAAGAUAUUAUUAAUAUUCAGCGUCCCCCCCCCUCCCCUCCAACCAUCGUCUCCGCGUCUCAGAGCAGUCAACAUGGCCACUCUGCAACAUCACCGGCCGCUCCUCGUGCGUGGCACUGAAGUCAGCUGCGACUCCCGCGGGGAUGGCGCCAUGACCGUGCGAAUUACUAACAGCGCGCCACACGCGCAUCAACGUGAGCCACUGAGGGCUGCCAACAGUGGGGCAGGAGGAGGAGCUGGAGGCUGUGGUUCUGUGAGUAAAAUGAACCCUGACCUCCACAAAUACAGCAUCUCCUCCAGCUGCAGCUCAGCAGAGUCCAGGCCUGCUGUGACCUCCAAUCCCAGGGUGCAAAGGAAGGCGCCGCCGUUGUUCGAGCGCUCUGCUGCCCAGUGCUGGGACCCCAAGUUUGACUCCCCGAUCCUGGAAGAGGCGUGCCAAGAUAGGUGCUUUCCUCAGACGCAGCGGCGCUUCCGCUAUGUCCUGUUUUACCUUGCAGUGGCUGCUGUACUCUGGGGGGUGUACUUUGGGGUCAACAAUGACCGAUGCAACCCUAUGACCUUCCUAGCCCCCACAGCCUCCUUUUUGGUUCUUCUAGUGCUCCUCUUUUUCUUCACCUUCACCCAGCCCUACACAUGGCUGUACAACCAAACCUCCUUGGUCCUGAUAGCGGUCACCUUUGCCAUCACCUUAGCCCCACAGAUACAGACUGCUGGUUUCACUGAGCUGGAGUGGGCUGGUGGUGGGAAUGCCUCAUAUCGCUCACCAGACGAACUAACACAACCUACAAGCCACUGCAUCUCGUCUGUGGGCACCUUUUCCCUGUGCAUGGAGGUUUUGCUGUUGUUAUACAGUGUCCUCCAUGUCCGUCUAUAUGCCUCUGUGAUGCUUGGGCUCCUCUAUUCUAUAUUAUUCGAGGCAUUAGGAUGGCUGCCAUUGCUUCAGAGGAGUCAUGACACUGCCAGCUUGGGAACAGGGAUAGAGGGUUCAGGGGACACACUCAGCUGGCUCGGCCCGGCCAAAGCUCUGCUUCACUUGUGUGCUCAUGUCAUUGGCAUCCACCUGUUCAUCAUGUCUGAGGUUCGUUCCCGCAGUACUUUUCUCAAAGUGGGCCAAGCUAUCAUGCACGGCAAAGACUUAGAAGUGGAGAAGGCCUUGAAGGAGCGCAUGAUUCACUCUGUGAUGCCACGACGAGUUGCAGACGAGCUGAUGAAGCAGGGUGAUGAUGAGGGCGGCGGCGAAAACUCUGGCAAGCGUUAUUCCUCCGGUGCUUGCUCUGCCUCGGCCAUCUCUGUGGGUGGUGGAGGAAGCUGUGGAGUUUCACAAGCCCAAUGUUCCACAAGCCCCAAAAAUCAUGCUCACAACAAUCACAAACGCAAGAAGACCUCCAUCCCCCGUGGACAGAUAAUAUUUAGGCCCUUUAACAUGAAACGCAUGGAGCCUGUCAGCAUCCUCUUUGCAGACAUUGUGGGUUUCACCAAAAUGUCUGCCAAUAAGUCAGCACCAGCCUUGGUGGGCCUUCUCAAUGACCUGUUUGGACGUUUUGAUCGGCUGUGUGAACUAACCUGCUGUGAAAAGAUCAGCACCCUGGGAGACUGCUACUACUGCGUAGCAGGAUGCCCUGAGCCCAGACCGGACCACGCCUACUGCUGUGUAGAGAUGGGCCUGGGUAUGAUCCAGGCCAUCGAACAGUUCUGCCAGGAGACAUGUGAGGCUGUCAGCAUGCGUGUUGGCGUCCAUACUGGCACCGUGCUCUGUGGGAUCCUUGGAAUAAAGCGCUUCAAGUUUGAUGUAUGGUCUAAUGAUGUAAAUCUGGCUAACUUGAUGGAGCAGCUAGGUGUGGCAGGCAAGGUCCACCUGUCAGAAGCCACUGCCCGAUUCCUGGAUGACCGUUACCAGAGCGAGGAUGGGCGGGUGGCAGAGAGAGCUGGCCAGAGUGUGGUGGAGAAACUAAAGGGGCUGCAGACCUACCUGAUCUCAGGGAGGAAGUUGGAGCUCGAUGUGCAGUGUGGCUUUUCUCAGGUGGGACUGCCUGCUCGGGAUUUUGCUGCAGUCGGACUGUCCUCCUGUCCUCAGUCCCACACACCAGACCUCAUCCCUGGGGGAGCGCAGGCUGCAGAGCUCCUACUGCCCCACCAGCCACCAGACAGGAUCGGGCCUCCCUGUGUGUCCCGUAGCGUGGCCUUGUCUGUGGGAACAGAGCAGAGCGAGGAUGUGGCUGUGUUGAAUGGCUGCCAGGAAGAGCACAAGACAAGUAGUGCCAAGUUCAUCCCAGGUCACAGCCCCCGGGCGGCCAACGGUCUCCUGAGUCCCCCACUGGAAGACCCAGUGCGGGCCAGCCAGAGCUCCUUGUGUGACAUGCUUCAGGAGAAAGAGAAGAAGACCAGCACGGGAACUGGAACCAGUCUAGGCAUGACUGGAGGCACGGGGACAGCGGGUCCAGGUAUGGACCACUCUGCCCUGAUUCAGCUGCGUGCCAAGAGCUUCAGAGAGAAGAGCGACGUCCACUUUGUGGACGUUAUCAGAGAGGACAGCCUGAUGAAAGAUUACUUUUUCAAGCCACCCAUCAACAAGAUCAGCCUCAACUUCCUAGAAAGAACUCUGGAAAAGGCCUAUCGCAUCAGCUACAAGGAGGAGGUUGAAAACCAGGUUCAGGUGCAGACGUUUGCGAGCUCCUCCUUCAGCUCCUUCCUGGACGUUCUCCUCAGCUGUUUUGUCUUCUUGGCUCUGACCCUGGCCUGCUUCCUGCCACCUCUCGUGAGCCCAGCCAGUGUGGGCCCUCCAGCCCACGCAGCCCUGGCCCUGGCUCCCCUGGCCGGUCUGCUGGAGCUGAUCUCUCUGGUGCUGUCCAUACGUAUGGCCUUUUAUCUGGAGGAGGUGAUGAACUGUACACGCUCCCUGCUCCUGGUGGUCUCUGGAUGGAUUCCCCAUCAUGUGAUUGGGGCCGUGUUAGUGUCCCUCCCUGCCAUCUCUGUCUUAUCCCAUCUCACCUCCAGUGUCCACCUGCCCCUCCAGGUGACCAUGUUCCUGUGCUGUGCCACCAUCCUGGCCAUCAUCCAGUACUGUAACUUCUGUCAGCUCAGUUUCUGGAUGCGCUCGGUCCUGGCCACUGUCACGGGGGUCGCUCUGCUGCUGCUGCUGUACAGCCCUAUACACAGCUCCGGUAAUAACAGCUUGCCAGUUCAUGGUCUAAACAUCUCCACAUUGAGUGAUGGUGGCUCAGAAUCAGACCCUCCCACACGACCUCUCGACCUUUUGGUCCCUGAGGCCGUCCUGGCUUUCUUCCUGCUUCUUCUACUGGUCUGGUUCCUCAACCGAGAGUUUGAGGUCAGCUACCGUCUCCAUUACCAUGGCAACGUGGAGGCUGACAAACAUCGCUCCAAGAUCCAGAUGAUGCGCGACCAGGCCGAGUGGCUACUGGGCAACAUCAUCCCCAUCCAUGUCGCUGACCAGCUCAAGGUGACCCAGAGCUACUCCAAGAACCACAACAGUGUGGGCGUGAUCUUCGCCAGUAUUGUGAACUUCAGCGAGUUCUAUGAGGAGAGCUAUGAGGGUGGGAAAGAGUGCUACCGUGUCCUCAAUGAGCUCAUUGGAGACUUUGAUGAGCUCCUUCGCAGACCUGAGUUCAAAAGCGUGGAAAAAAUCAAGACAAUCGGCGCCACCUACAUGGCGGCGUCGGGACUGAACGUCCAGCAGUUGGCUGAGAACGAAGAUGACUCUCCGCACGCACACCUGAGGGCUCUUUUCAACUUCGCCCUGGAGAUGAUGGGCGUCCUAGACGACUUCAACAAGAACAUGCUCGGUUUUGGUUUCAAGCUCCGUAUUGGAUUUAACCACGGGCCGCUGACAGCGGGGGUGAUCGGCACCACUAAGCUGCUCUAUGAUAUCUGGGGAGACACGGUCAAUAUCGCUAGCCGCAUGGACUCCACCGGUGUGGAGUGUCGGGUGCAGGUGAGCGAGGAGAGCCACGCUAUGCUUAGCGCCAUGGGGUUAGAGUUUGACUAUCGAGGUACUGUGAAUGUUAAGGGCAAAGGUCAAAUGAGGACCUUUUUAUACCCCAAAAGUGGGGAAAGUAUAUGUCAAGAUUGCAUGGAGCAGGCCAUCGGAGGAGCCUCGUCCAUGGCAUUACCGGCCAAUAAGACUUCAGGAUCUGUUGCUCAGGCAGCUGCUCCUCCUCCUCCCGUCCCUACUCAGCCCCAAAGUGCUGUAAGGCCUUCAGGAGCAGGGCCUGAGCCUGUCCCAGCUCAGUCUGCAAAGAUGAGGGAGGAAGGAUAUAGGGACGCUCCACACCACCACGGGCAGCCCACUGCCACAGACGUUCACCCCCCUCCCCGCUCUGAACUAGGCCCAGAACCUAGUGCUGCACAAAUACCCUCCCAGGUGCAGCCUGCUCCUCUUGCACUUCAAGAGGAGGAGGACGAAGAGGAGGAGGCCAAUGAGCUGACAAAACUCAACGAGGAGUUUUAUGCUCGUCUGUGAUUCCUUCCUCUCCCCUCCCCCCGACCUCCUGUCCCCGAUCUGCGUCCCAGGGACUGAUUGCAGGUGUGGGGCAGGAUGUCCCUCCCAUUAGACAAGUGUCUUCAGCAUGGUUGAAGUAGAGGGAGUUUAUCAUGCCAACACCAACAGUGGUCACAGUAGCCACAGUAGCGAUUAACGUGGCCACUAACAUCUUUCACAGGAGUGCUGGGGUGGGCUAGACCUGUGUUGAGCACAGCAGUUAAUUAAAUAGAAAAGGCUGAAAAGGAUUAAGAGGGAAAAGAAGUUUUUUUUGGAGUUGUUGAUGUUUUUUCUUAUUUGUUUUUUUUGUUAUCAAGUGCCUUCAGGACUAGAAAGUGAACAAACAAAUAUGAAUGCUGAACAAAGUUUUAACAAUCUUAGACUACGGAUCAUGCUGUGGUUUCUUACUCCAUGCUCUUAUUUUCAAUGCAAGUAUUUCUUAAAAGACUCAUUAUUCUUGUGCCAUAUCAUUUGUUCUAACUUGAUCAAAGCCUUGACCUUAUACUUAAGGGAAAAAGAGAUUCUUUAUUAGUGCCAGUGCAGUGUGAUGAGCUGAGCAGGAAAACUAAGGGAAGAAUGAGGGACUCACGUGAAGCAGUGUUAAUUUAUGUGUUCUUGACAUGAGAGCUUAAAACAUUAUUCAUUUGUCCUAGACUCAAAUGCUACAAAGCAGGCUGCAUAGAUUUUAGUUUGUGUAGCAGCUAAAUGCACAUUUUAAGCACAGGUCUUGCACAGUUUUUUCUCGACCACUUGUAUUUGGUAGUUAUUACCGGGAGAAGGCUUUUAAGAUUUUUGAACAAGAGUUUUUGUCUUUCACAACAAGUACAAUCAAAAGCACAAAAUCAGAAUCAGAUAAGGGAAUACAGAUUUGAAAGAAAAGGUGAUCUUUAAAAAGUGGGAUCAUUACAAAAGCAGGAAGGCACUUUAAAUAUACUUUAAGUGAUACUCCACAUUUGAGUAACAGACUCUCACCCCACGUAGACCAAAGAGGCGGCUGUACAAAUGUAUGUUAGUCUAAAAAAACACAGAUUGCAAUUGUGAUCAACUUCAGUUGAUGCUGGUUAAAUUUGAUUUUGCAGAAACGUAUCAAACCAAUCCUGCACGAUAAUCAAAGAU